UUCUCUAAAGAUGUUUGAUUUGAGACGCUGCAACAAAUUGGAGAAGAUAGAAAGUUUAGAAAGCCUGACAUCAUUGGAGACACUCAUAAUACAUGACUGUACAGAAUUGAACACCCUUCCAAGUCUUGCAGAGGCAACUUCUUUAAAGUGGGUUGAAGUGAUAGGCUGCAACAAAUUGGAGAAGAUAGAAAGUUUAGAAAGCCUGACAUCAUUGGAGACACUCCUAAUAUAUGACUGUAUAGAAUUGAACACCCUUCCAAGUCUUGCAGAGGCAACUUCUCUAAAGAAGUUUGAUUUGAUAUCAUUGGAGACACUCCUAAUAUAUGACUGUAUAGAAUUGAACACCCUUCCAAGUCUUGCAGAGGCAACUUCUCUAAAGAAGUUUGAUUUGAUACGCUGCAACAAAUUGGAGAAGAUAGAAAGUUUAGAAAGCUUGACAUCAUUGGAGACACUCUGUAUAUAUGACUGUACAAAAUUGAACACCCUUCCAAGUCUUGCAGAGGCAACUUCUCUAAAGAAGUUUGAUUUGAGAUGCUGCAACAAAUUGGAGAAGAUAGAAAGUUUAGAAAGCCUGACAUCAUUGGAGACACUCUGUAUAUAUGACUGUACAGAAUUGAACACCCUUCCAAGUCUUGCAGAGGCAACUUCUCUAAAGAUGUUUAAUUUGAGACGCUGCAACAAAUUGGAGAAGAUAGAAAGUUUAGAAAGCCUGACAUCAUUGGAGACACUCCUAAUAUAUGACUGUACAGAAUUGAACACCCUUCCAAGUCUUGCAGAGGCAACUUCUCUAAAGAUGUUUGAUUUGAGACGCUGCAACAAAUUGGAGAAGAUAGAAAGUUUAGAAACCCUGACAUCAUUGGAGACACUCAUAAUACAUGACUGUACAGAAUUGAACACCCUUCCAAGUCUUGCAGAGGCAACUUCUCUAAAGAUGUUUGAUUUGAGAUGCUGCAACAAAUUGGAGAAGAUAGAAAGUUUAGAAAGCCUGACAUCAUUGGAGACACUCCUAAUAUUGGACUGUACAGAAUUGAACACCCUUCCAAGUCUUGCAGAGGCAACUUCUCUAAAGAUGUUUGAUUUGAGACGCUGCAACAAAUUGGAGAAGAUAGAAAGUUUAGAAAGCCUGACAUCAUUGGAGACACUCAUAAUACAUGACUGUACAAAAUUGAACACCCUUCCAAGUCUUGCAGAGGCAACUUCUCUAAAGAUGUUUGAUUUGAGAUGCUGCAACAAAUUGGAGAAGAUAGAAAGUUUAGAAAGCCUGACAUCAUUGGAGACACUCUGUAUAUAUGACUGUACAGAAUUGAACACCCUUCCAAGUCUUGUAGAGGCAACUUCUCUAAAGAUGUUUGAUUUGAGAGGCUGCAACAAAUUGGAGAAGAUAGAAAGUGUAGAAAGCCUGACAUCAUUGGAGACACUCAUAAUACGGGACUGUACAGAAUUGAACACCCUUCCAAGUCUUGCAGAGGCAACUUCUCUAAAGUGGGUUGAAGUGAUAGGCUGCAACAAAUUGGAGAAGAUAGAAGGUUUAGAAAGCUUGACAUCAUUGAAGACACUCCUAAUACAUGACUGUACAGAAUUGAACACCCUUCCAAGUCUUGCAGAGGCAACUUCUCUAAGAAGUUUGAAGUGAUAGGCUGCAACAAAUUGGAGAAGAUAGAAGGUUUAGAAAGCCUGACAUCAUUGGAGACACUCAUAAUACAGGACUGUACAGAAUUGAACAGUCUUCCGAGUCUAAAAGACCUGAUAUCACUGGAAGCACUCGGUAUAGACGGCUGUCCCAAAUUGGACAGCUUAGAAGGUUUAGAACGAUUGACAUCAUUGAAGGAGUUGGAAAUAGAUACCGGCUUCAGUCAAAACGAUACGAGAUUCUGGGUUUCAGCGAAGACAAAGAUGUUAAUUAUGGAAGCAGAGGAGAGCAUACUAUGAGGCUUUCCAUAAGCUUUCCCAAAAGAGUAUAGUGUUUCAAAAUCAUGAAGAUUUUCCCUCCAAUUUCUCGCCAGAAUAAAAUCAUGAAGAUUUUCCCUCCAAUUACAUUGUGAGAAGUUAUUUCUUUCCACAUUACAAAAUGUAUUCACUUGCACUCUCGCCAAUAAUGAGAAUGAAAGAUGUUAAGUUUUGUGUCCAAUUUUAGGCCAGAUCAAUUGGAAGGCUUGGUCAACUAUGGAUCCGCCAUUCAAGCAAAGGAAUCUACUGAAAUGUUUGAUGAUUCUAAGUGAAAGAAUAUAUCUUUGCAAUUGGGGAUAUGGGGCAAUGGCAAAUUCUAUGUUUAUGGCUUAAGGACUUGUGAUUGGUGUCAUUGAGGAGUACCACCAGAGGAAGGGGAUUUCUAUUAUGGGCAGCCACAUGGAAGAGAUGGAUAUGGUGCUGGAUUUUUGAGGAUAUUGAGGAGUAGUACCACCAGAGAAUGCUUGUGGAAUAUUUUUUCAAUUAUGUCAUUAUGCUCAGUUUCUGCAUAAGGUUAAUAUUUUUAGUAUUUUAAUUCAAUUUUUUUAUUCUUUGUACAUUUGUUGAAGAUGAUUUAAGACAUUGUUGAAUUGGAAAAUUGAUGUGAGAGAUGUAAUUUUUCACGUGCUUAGCAUUCUAAGCAUUUGUAAAUUGUAUAAGUACAAGUGUUAGGAUUGGAGUUGUAUGAUUA